GUUACGGGUCCACCAGGUGAAGUGGGAACCAUUGGAGUCCCCGGAGAGAAGGGUAAUCCCGGAGAAGAUGGACUACCAGGCUAUGGGCAGAAGGGCGUCAAGGGAGCAAAAGGGUCUCAGCCAUUGCCAGGAGAAAGGGGUCCCAGUGGGACAAAAGGGGAACCCGGUGAGCCGGGUCUUCCAGGCCUCGAUGGUCGACAAGGAAAACCUGGUCAGAAGGGAGUCCAGGGCCGACAAGGAAAGCCUGGAACCGGAGGUCAAGAGGGCCUGCGUGGUGACCCUGGGCCACCCGGACCUCAAGGUGUUGAGGGUCCUAUGGGUGAAAAAGGUGUAAAGGGCGCACGUGGUGACGUACCCCGCGAACUUGUUCAAGGUUCCAAAGGUCAGAAGGGUGCCAAAGGUGAUAUUGGCCCAACAGGUUCGAAGGGUUUGGACGGAGAAAAAGGAGAAAUGGGAGAGCGCGGUCAGCGUGGGAAGCCGGGCCCACAGGGCGUGACUGGCGAAAAAGGUAAUAAAGGCUUUCAAGGCGGCCAAGGUCCCAGGGGUCCACGCGGCAGAGUGGGACCUAAGGGCUGGAUGGGCGGCAAGGGCAUUGUUGGGCAGAAAGGAUACAGAGGAAUAACGGGUGUUAAGGGUCAAAAAGGACCCCAGGGCGACUCUGGCCAAGCUAUUACCUCUCCAGAAGGAUUAAAAGGCAUUAAAGGAGAAAUGGGACCCCGCGGACCUACUGGAGCCAAAGGAGAUUCCGGCGAACCCGGUGAGCGCGGCCCCAUCGGUGAACCCGGAAGACCCGGCCCAACUCUCGAAGGAGUUCCUGGCCGUGAAGGAGAGCCUGGUAUUCGGGGAUCGCGUGGCGAACGUGGUGAGAAAGGCUUCCGAGGGCCAAAAGGCUUUUCUCGAACAGAGUUAGGCCCAACCGGUGAGAAAGGCGAAAGAGGACCCAAGGGCAUCAAAGGAGAGCAGGGACCACACGGACAAGAAGGGGAUUCCGGCGAAAGAGUAACUCAUAACAUAGCUUGGGAGAUAUAUAUUGACUUUUAUUGUGAUGCCUUUUGA